UCCAAUACGUAAAGUCUUUUGGAUAUUGAUUUUAGGCAAGGAACUCCUAACUCUAUUUAACUUUAACUUAUAACACGUAUUCCCAUAAUGGAUUGGAACAUUAAGAAAUUUCUACUUUGUUUUAUAUUUGCCAUUUGCAGUUCUUCUUAUGUUCUCUGCCAAAAUAUUGAGACUGAUAAUCCAUCACAAAAUUAUGAUUUUGUUAAAUUGAUUAAUAACUACGCCGAGAAUAUUAAAACAUCUGAAAAUUUGAAAUCAGUUUCGGAAGAGGAGAAAGAAUUGUUGAAUGGAAUCAAUGACAUUGUUCCGAGCGAACUCAAAACAAAAUUGCUGCAAUUAUUUCUCCAGCUUUCAUCAAGCAAGUGUUUAAGAGAUUUACAGAAUGUGUAUGAUGGCUUGCAAAAACGAUCUCAAUGGUCUUUGAAAAUGUUGGAUUCCUUUGGAAAACCCGAAAGCGGUAUUUUGCUGGGCAAUUUGAAGUGGCUUGGAGAGUAUGACGAAUGCCUCGGCGUUGAGGCUCCUAACUUUGAAGGUACAACGAUUGGAGGUUUCCGUGGAAAAUACUGCACUCUUCAAAUUCCAGUGAAUUUGAAUAACAUGUCACUCCCUAUAUCUAAUGCAGUCUGCUUGCCAGAUUCUUGCAAUCCAAAUGGAACCAUUGCCAACACCUUCGGAAGCAUAUUCAAAGACUUUAAAUUUAAAAAUUUCACAUCCGAAGAGUUAAUGGAGGCAGCAUUCGGUAAUAUGACUCUAACCUGCAAACCAAUUACAAGAAAACUGAGUACAGGAGCCAUUUCCGUAAUAUCUUUCCUCUCGCUCUUUGCUCUUCUGGCUCUCAUUGGAAGUUCAAUAACUGUCGUCGAAUAUUAUACGAAAGCUGAUCCAGUCGACGAGCCUGCACAUUCAGCAAGUGUCAAUGGUAAACCGACUAUAAAUGGCGAUUCAGGUUUGGUUAGGAAGGACUCUGUUGAGAUUUUGGUUGAUGAUUCAAGGCAAGAAACUAAAUUGCCAGCAUGGUUAGAAAAUUGCAAAUCCUUUUUCAACUGUUUCUGUGUCUUUACUAAUGGCGAAAAAAUACUGAAUGUUGAAAGUUCUGAAGGCCAACUUCCUUCCCUUCAUGGAAUACGAUUUUUGAGCAUGACUUGGGUUAUUCUUUGUCACUCCUAUGCCUUUUGCGGAAUGCUUACAAGAAAUUUAGCUGAAACUAUUCAGUUUGUUGAUCACUGGUUCUUUCAAAUAAUUUUGAAUGGUUUCUAUUCGGUUGAUUCUUUCUUCCUGCUCAGUGGAUUCUUAGUUGCAUAUUUAUUCUUUCAACAAUGUGCUAAAAGUAAUGGAAAAAUUCCAUGGGUUUAUUUCUAUGUCCACCGAUAUCUAAGGCUCACGCCUGUGUACGCAAUUGUGAUGCUGUUUUACACCUUCGUUAAUCCGUACAUCGCUGAUGGUCCUCUUUGGCCUGACGUCGAUCAUGAUCAGAACUGUUACGAUAAUUGGUGGUAUAAUUUGCUGUACAUCAACAACUUUCAAGCUAUAGCUGGUCAGUGUAUGAGUUGGUCAUGGUAUCUGGCAAACGAUAUGCAAUUUUAUAUCAUCAGUCCCCUGUUUCUAAUUACUCUAUGGAGAUGGCCUAAAGUAGGAUAUUCACUCAUUGGAAUCGGCCUUGUUGCUACAUUUGUAACAACCUUUACUAUUACUUUCGUGUACGAUUCAUUUACUGGAUUAGGUAAUGUGGUGGAGGCAGCUGUUGAUCUUCAAGGCUUUUUAGUUCGAUGGAGUGAUUUCUUCGAUAAGAUCUACACCAAACCUUACACCAGAGUGGGACCUUAUUUGUUGGGUCUUGUUUUGGCCUAUUAUUUGUACAAGUGGAAGCAAAAUAACCCCCAAAAAUUGAAAUCGACAACUCUAGCAGCUGGAUGGGCUAUUGCAUCUGCAAUUGCAUUGGCUUGUUUGUUUGGACUUUAUCAUCAAAAUCUCUCUACUGUUGGGGCUGGAUUUUAUAAUGGAUUGAAUCGCAUAGGAUUUGCACUGGGACUGUCUUGGGUUAUUUUUGUGUGCGUCACUGGACAAGGAGGUGUCGUUAACAGCCUCUUGUCAUGGAAGGUUUGGAUUCCUCUGAGUCGUCUUACUUAUUGUGCUUACCUGGUCCACCCGAUUGUCCAGAAUGGAUAUUACACCUCUGUGCGAAGAAUGGUAGAAUUCAGUCAUACCAGUGUGAUAUUAUUUUAUCUAGGUUUCCUUAUAAUUGCAUACACUGCUGCUCUGAUAACAACUUUGUUGUUUGAAUCUCCUGUGAUAAGGUUGGAAAAAUAUGUCAGAAAUAAGUUUGCAUCCUGAAGUUCAUCAAAUCUACUUAUUUUAAGACUUUUUGUGUUGAAAUCAUAUAUAUCAUGGAAUCUUUUUUUACUGGCAUUAAAUAAUUAAGCGUGAUACUUAUUGUAAUUAUACUUACGUAUAAUUAUUGUUUGAACUUUGUGUGUUACUCGAAAGUGUUUCAUGUUAUACCGUCCAAGUAAAAAGCAUGAAAAAAUAUUAAUUUCUUAAAAUAGAUAUGUAUAACUGUUUUUAUAACAUCAUAGUUAAGACAGAAUGUUAAAACUUGUUUGUAUAGGUCAUUAUUCCAUUUGGUCACAUUCCAAAUCCCGAAUGGUUCCUAUUUAAAAAAAAAUGUCUACAUAUAUUAUUUUAUUUUGUAAUGAAUAUUCUUUUAAUUUUUAUUUAUAGUUUACCACUUUUUAUAUAGAAGGAAUUGUAAAUGAAAAUAAGAACAUGAAGCUUUGAUGUCUUUCAUGUUUUAUUUAUUUUCCAUUUGUAAAUAUUUUGUUUUUAUUGCAAUAAAAUUGAUUGUUUGU